UUAAUAUAAGAUUAUCAGAUAAGAGUUGUUCAGAUAGAAUGUUUUUAAAGAUAAAUUCUGUUUGAACUUUGAAGCUCCGAAGUAAGUUGUGCUAUUAAGAUGAAAUGUCCACGCAGUGCAAAUUGAUCUUAGUAUAUGGCAUAGUUAUCGCACUAUUUUUAUCUAAUACAUGUGCAACAAACGCGAAGAUUGCAACGGCAAGAUUUCCCGGCAUUGUAGAAAAUAUUACGGUGCGUGCUUUAGAGGGUGGAAAUUAUCUCGAGAAUGAAGACGCACACACAUUGAAGUCACUGAAACUAAAUGUAUCCUGGGUACCGCCAAAUGGAGGGAAACGACCUUCUUCAUACAGCAUCCUAAUUACGAGCGUGCCAAAGGAAACCGAUGUACACGGGACAGGGUGUGCAGAAAAUUCCGUACUUUACACCGCGCCGAAUAAAAGUCCAUUUAGCGUGCUCGUGCCACAAAAUGAAUUGUCGAAUGACAUGCCAGAGGUAUCGAUACGCCCGAAUUGCACGUAUAAGAUACAAGUGUAUGCCAAUCCAAGGGCCAGGCCAGUGGGGAAACCACUGGAGGUCAUCUAUACGGUUCCAGAAUGCGUAGGUCGUGCAUGUAGCUGCGCGGCUGCAACAGCUGCUUUGCCUGUUCCAAAAGUGGAAGCGAUCCAGACCAAAAAGAACAUUGUUAUUAAUUGGAACGUUACAUCAAACGGUUCUGAUAUUCAUUCCUACAUAAUUAGUAUCGGCAUGCCAUUAUUGACAUCGAAAGCAGGGCGCCCUGUAUACAAUAUCACGGAUAUAAAUAACGUGACUUCUACGACGCGUACCUUCAUCUGGAAUCUGAAAAUUAACGAGCAACACAUCAAGAUGAAAGAUGGAUACAAGAUAUUGGUAGCAGCAACGGAUCACCGAGGUUGCUUAGGGACUCGAGGCAGUUUCACUGUUGUUACAGGAGGGACUGAAACAUUAGGCAAAAGCACUAUGUGGUUGUUGCUCGUUGGCGCUGCUCUUUGUGUCAUAAUAGGAUUUACCGUGGUGACGAUACAUAAUAAAAAUGUGCAUCAACUUAUAUGGCCAUCCAGAUCUGUACGGCGACAAACAAUGCCUCAGUUUGCUCCUUAUAAAUCUCGAUGGUCAGAGUUAAUCUUCCGAAAAAGCAGUAUUUUGUACGUUGAGCAACGACCCGAGGACCUUGCACGUUGCAAGGUAUCCGAUGACAGUGAUGAAUUCGAAGUGCCGUACAAGUGCAUAAAUCUUCUGUACAAAUUGGGGGAAGGGCAGUUUGGCAUAGUGUACUUGGGCAGCCUAUGUCUGAACAAUAAUAAAAGCGGAUUAGUCGCUGUUAAAAUGUCACAGUGUUCCGACGCGUCGAACGAACCGAAAGCCAGGCGCCAACUAUUGGAAGAAAUCAAAAUAAUGAAGACAGCCGGCUCGCACCGGCAUUUAGUGGGCCUUAUAGGCUGCUGCACUUCACCAGAUAAUCCUAUAUGCAUACUUUUGGAGUACAUGGAGGGUGGAGAUUUGCUCGCGUAUUUGCAUUCCAGAAGAGGAAUUGAAUCGAGUGACGCAUCUUUGUGCACCUUCGAAAAGACUGCGUCCAGAUACGUCAAUAUUAUUGACACGGACAGGAGCAAGGAGAACGAUUUGCACGGUGCAAUAGAGAAACAACAGUUUAUGAAGUUUGCGCUCGACAUCGCGAAAGGAAUGGAACACUUGGAAGGUAAAAGGAUCACGCAUAGGGAUUUGGCAGCAAGGAACAUUCUUCUUACAUCCGAUCUAACACUGAAGAUUUCUGAUUUUGGCUUGUCACGAAACGGGAUAUACGUAAUAAACAACACAGCGAGUAAAGUCCGUCAGCUGCCAAUACGUUGGAUGUCACCGGAAGCUAUACGCGAUCAUGCUUUUUCCUCUAAGAGCGACGUCUGGUCGUUUGGUAUUGUUCUCUGGGAAAUUGGAACCCUAGGUUCUUUUCCAUACGCCAGUAUACAAGAUGACGAGUUGAUGCAUUAUUUAAUACAGGAUAAAUGUCGUCUAACCUGCCCCAAUACUAUUUCGCCUGACGUGUAUAAGAUUAUGUGUUCCUGCUGGAACACAGCGGCACAAAGUAGACCUAGCUUCGCGCAACUCGUUUUAGAUCUGCGGACACUAAAGGAACCCUUACAUUCCAAACAUGAGACAAGCAAUCCUUGCUAUACUUUACUGUCACACUAGUACAACUUGAAAUUAAUAAUUACAUGUAUCAUAAAAACAUGUGAGAUAAAAAUAUGAAUUACAUACAUAAUGAAUAAACAAACACAUAAAAUUAUGUGAAUAUAUAC